UCUCCUCUCGCAGUUGAAAACAGAGAUCAUCAUCAUCAUCCACCUUCCAUCCAUCUAACAACACACUCUCAAUCUACUAUUUCUUCACCUAUCUCCUGUGUGUGUCAGGCAUCUAAUUUUGACUUAUUACUCGCCCUUUCUACAGCUGACUCUGAUUUAAACAUGGCUGAGAUCCGUCGCAAGCUCGUUAUCGUUGGUGACGGUGCUUGUGGUAAGACUUGUCUCUUGAUUGUCUUCUCCAAGGGAACUUUCCCAGAGGUUUACGUUCCCACCGUCUUUGAGAACUACGUUGCCGAUGUUGAAGUCGACGGAAGGCACGUUGAAUUAGCUCUUUGGGAUACUGCUGGUCAGGAGGAUUACGAUCGUCUCCGUCCCUUGUCCUACCCCGACUCCCACGUCAUCUUGAUCUGCUUCGCUGUUGACUCUCCCGAUUCUCUGGAUAACGUUCAGGAGAAGUGGAUUUCCGAGGUCCUUCACUUCUGCCAAGGACUCCCCAUCAUCCUCGUUGGAUGCAAGGUCGACCUUCGUAAUGACCAGAAGACCAUUGAUGAGUUGAACAAGACCUCCCAGAGACCUGUCACCUCUGAACAGGGCGAGGAAGUCCGAAAGAAGAUUGGUGCUUACAAAUAUCUCGAGUGCUCUGCUCGUACCGGCCAGGGCGUCAAAGAGGUCUUCGAGACUGCCACUCGAGCAGCUCUCUUAACCAAGUCUCACAAGCCCAAGAAGCCUUGCAGUAUUAUGUAAUCUAGCUACAUUUUUCUUUCAAAUGUUCAAGGUUUCCAGCGACGACGAACAAGACUGCUCAACGGGACUUUCUUCUUUCCUACUCGACACACAAUAUCCCCUCACUCCCAAAUCGGAAAUUUCGGUUUUUCUUUUUCCUUGAGGUUCCUUGCUUCCGAUGAUGGUCUAAUGUGAUUUUUCCGUCUGCAUGUACUACCCUGAGAUUUCUGUGGAUAGGUUCUUGAAUUGAAUUCCAAGCGGGCACGAUCCUCAUGGGAAUUCACAUAGAUUCAAGCUUUUGGUUCUGGUCAUUCAAACAAGAAAGAAAGCCCACUGCUGCUUUCUUAUUUCUUGGCUUUGAUCUCCCUAUGCCGAAAGGUGGUUUUCCUUCAAACCUUUUUUUUCCCUCUCUUUGUCUUGUCUUGUUCCGUCUCGUUUCGUCUUUUUAAUUAUGCUUUAGUGUUGUCUUUAUUUGUCGUUGUCCCUUAUAUUCUUUCUCUUGAUAUUGAUUUGCAGAAUCUAAGGAUGGCGUUUUCUUUUUUUCACUUUCCUUUCUCUUUUUCCUCUCUAUAUUCUUUAACUCAAUUAGAAUACUGUCUAAACGAAACCGAAUCCAGUAAGAAAAAAAGAAAAAAGUAUGAACCAUUGUUUUCUCUAAUUUCAUGGUUUUAAGAGCAUU